UCAUACUACGACUAACGAGUUCACUUGUUACACCAGACCGCAAACACUAAUUAAAUCCGCUAAUUCACCAAGAAUCCAAUUCCUUCUUUUCUGUAUUGAUGAAGUACAAUCUUCUUCUCUAAAUUUCUUGUCCAUAGCUAUCUGCAUCCAUAAAAAAGCAUGAAAACUCAAGAAUCUUCAGCAAUCUCACAUCUUCUUCUGUUUUCUCUAUUAAUCUUUCUAUUCAAAUGUAAAGUUGAAUCAAGAAACCUCCAAGAAAAAUGCUCUUCUUCUUGUGGGUAUCUCAAGAACAUCAGUUACCCAUUUCGCCUAACCACUGAUCCAACCUUCUGUGGCGAUUCUGAUUAUGAAAUCUCUUGCGAGGACAACAAACCCAUUUUGGAGUUUCAUUUAGGAAAGUAUCUUGUUUACCAAAUUUCUUAUGAUAGGCUUAGAAUUCGCUUAGUUGAUAUUAAUUUAGCAAAUGGUAGCUGUAGCCUCCCUUACAUGUCAAUUUCGGUAGAUGAAGUAAGGGGAGAUAGGCGUUAUAGAGGAUUGGUGUCCAGUACUUUCACUAGUUUUGUUAAUUGUUCUAGUGAAAUUAAUGAUCAAGGCUACAGGGAAGUUCCUUGCUCGAGUAGAAAUGGGUCUAAUGUUUAUGUUAGUUAUGAUAAAUAUAUAAUAUCUGAUCUUCAAGGAUCUUGUUCUUUCAUUUCAAGGGUACCUACAAUUUACCAGAAUGUUUUGUACCCUUCCUAUGAAAGUAUCUUGAAAUUGAUGGCUUUAGGGUUUGACCUUGAAUGGUCUGUUGAGUGCCGGGAUUGCAUUGUUUCUGGUGGUUCUUGCUCUUUGAGCUCAUUGGGUACCUCAAAUAUCUAUGAAUGCCAUUUUUCAGACUUUAAUGUGCCCAUUUUGGUUGGAUUCAUCGUUGGCGUCAUUUGGGACAUUCUGUUAGCAAUAAAUCUAAUUGCAAGAUUCAUUCUCGCUCCAAUAGUUAUAGUGGCAUUCCUAAUCCACAAAUAUAGAACAAAGAAGACAGAAGAUGACAAGGAGAAAUUUCUACCCAAUCAACAAUCCCUUGUGCCCAAAAGGUACUCCUACUCCGAUGUUGUUGCAAUAACAAGUAAUUUCAAAGAUAAAUUAGGCCAAGGUUGCUUUGGGACAGUGUACAAAGGACAAAUUCGAAAUGGUUUAGUUGCUGUUAAAAUCCUUGGUAGCUCUAAGUUCAGUGAUGAGGACUUCAUUAAUGAAGUCUCAACAAUUGGUAAAAUUCAUCAUGUCAAUGUAGUACGGUUAGUGGGAUUUUGUUCUGAGGGAUCUCAUCGCAUCCUUCUUUUCGAGUAUAUGGCUAAUAAAUCUCUUGAUAAAUAUAUAUUUUCAAGAGAAAUGGAACUUCUGCCAUUAAGUUGGGAGAGACUCCUUGAAAUUGCUUUAGGGACUGCUCGAGGGAUCGAGCACUUACAUAUUGGAUGUGAUGUAUGUAUUCUUCAUUUUGAUAUCAAGCCUCAUAAUGUCCUGCUUGACCAAAAUUUCAUCCCCAAAGUUUCGGAUUUUGGUCUGGCAAAAUUUUACCCAAAAGAGUAUGAUUUUGUGUCAGUUAGUACUACAAGAGGAACUAUAGGAUAUAUUGCUCCUGAAUUGAUUUCCAAGAACGUUAGAGCUGUUUCUUGCAAAUCAGAUGUUUAUAGUUUUGGGAUGUUAUUGUUGGAAAUGGUUCGAGGAAAAAGGAACAUUGAUGUGAAAGGAGAUGCGGACAGUUCAGGCAAAGACUAUUUUCCUUCAUGGGUUUAUGACCAUAUAAAUGAGGGAGGAGAUUUAGAGCUAGAGAAUGUUAGUAAAGUUGAGGCUGCAAUAGCAAAAAAAUUAUGUAUAGUUGGGUUGUGGUGCAUUCAAAAGAAUGCAUCAGAUCGUCCAUUAAUGACCAAGGUGGUGGAAAUGUUACAAGGAAGAGUCGAUGAUCUGCAAUUGCCUCGUAAUCCUUUGGCUUACCCUGAUUAUAUUGCUACAGAAGAAGCUCAAUCCGAUUCUUCAACAGAACUGCUAAUAUCUGAGACAGUGGAACAAAGCUUGUAGAAUGACAGAUGCUUAACAGAAAACAUAAUGAGAAGGAAAAGUAAAAGGAAAGUUGGGAAACGAGAAAUAAUAGUUAUAUAAUAUUCGACUUAAUGAGGGCUUUUCUCCUACAGAUUUCUGAAAUGGAAAAGGUCCACAUCCUUUAGCUCCGCCUGCAAUUUCCUGUAUGUUACUGCUUAAAUAGUAUUGUCCGUGAAGUUUUCAGAAUUCACUGUUAAAGUAAAUGUCCGUUGCUUAUCAGCAACAAAUGUUUCUGUGUUUUUGCUCAAUUCUGUAAUGUCAAUGCAAAUUGCCUUAUUUUGCUGAUACAAUAGGCUGUUUACAUAUACAUAUCCAUUUUAUGCUGCGUCUA